CCUCGCCAUUUUCGUAGGUCUUUGUGCGCCACGAUCCGCUGCUUGCUCCUCUUUAUCGGGCCAUUUCUCGACUCGGGUUCUUACUCCUGGUGCAGAAAGAUGCAGGGUAACAGAGGCCCCCAGCAGAACCACGGCCCAAACCGGCAGCCCGGGCCCGGGGAACAGAGGAAGCCCGGAGGGACCAACACGAACGGGCAGCAGCCGGAGCACAGCGAGCACAGGAGCCCGAAUGAGGCCUUAACGCUGGACCUGCAGAGCUUCAGAAAGCCCGGGGAGAAAACCUUCACCCAGCGCAGUAGGCUGUUUGUAGGUAACCUCCCCACCGGGGUCACCGAGGAGGACCUGGAGAAACUGUUCGCCAAGUACGGCCAGGCCAACGAGAUCUUCGUCAACAAGGAGAGAGGCUUCGGCUUCAUCCGGCUGGAGACCAGGAUCAUCGCAGAGAUCGCUAGAGCUGAGCUGGAUGAUACUCUCUUCAGAGGCAGACCCAUACGGGUGAGGUUUGCCACACACGGAGCCGCUUUAACUGUGAAGAAUCUGCCUGAGUUUGUGUCCAAUGAGCUGCUUGAGGAGGCUUUCGCUGUCUUCGGCCAGAUAGAGAGGGCUGUGAUAAUAGUCGAUGACCGAGGGAGGCCAACAGGGAGGGGGAUAGUGGAGUACACUUCAAAACCAGCAGCAAGAAAGGCUUUAGAUAAAUGCAGUGAUGGUGCCUAUCUGCUCACAGCCUUCCCUCGGCCUGUCACAGUGGAGCCCAUGGAGCAGUGUGAUGAAGAGGAGGGACUGUCAGAGAAGCUCAUAAACAAAAACCAGCAGUAUCACAAAGAACGAGAGCAGCCGCCAAGGUUUGCUCAGCCAGGCACCUUCGAGUACGAGUACGCCAUGCGCUGGAAGGCUCUGAUGGAGAUGGAGAAGCAACAGUAUGAGAUGGUGGACCGCAACAUGAAGGAGGCUCAGGAGAAGCUGGAGGCUGAGAUGGAGGCGGCCAGGCACGAGCACCAAGUGAUGCUGAUGAGACAGGACCUGCUGAGGCGUCAAGAAGAGCUGCGGAGGAUGGAGGAGCUCCACAGUCAGGAGGUGCAGAAGAGGAAACAGGCAGAGCUCCGGCAGGAGGAGGAACGCCGGAGAAGAGAGGAGGAGAUGAGGAUGCGUAAUGAAGAGAUGAUGAAGAGGCAGCAGGAGGGCUUCAGAGGCAACUUCCCUGAAAACAGAGAGCAAGAAAUGAGAAUGCAUAUGGGCGGCCAUGGGAUGCCCAUGAACAGAAACUCACUGGGUGGGAAUUCUGGUCCCACAGGCACUCCUGGGAUGGCUGCUGAGAAUGCUCCCCUGAUGCCGGGGCCCGGAAAUGCCAACAUGCCCGGAGGAGGCCAGGGAGGUUUUCCCAGAGGCCUCCCCGGGCCCGGAGACUAUGGACCUAACAAACAACGCAGAUUUUGAAUCAAGUGUCUGUUUUUUUCCCCAUUUCAUAUUCACUGUAUUUUCUAAGUUCAGGAAGUGAGGAUUACUUUUGAACUCUGAAAAAUGUUGCAUGUUUUUUUUACUAGUGCUUUUGAAUUAUGUUUUAGUACUAAACAUGUCUCCAAACUUUCCAAAUAAGCCAUGUGUUUUACUUUAAUUUCUACCUUAAUGUACUUUUCAUAGGGAUAGAAAAUGUUUUUGUCCUGAAUUUAUUGAAUUUUGUGGAAUAAAUUCACCGUUCCCUAAGAAGUUUGUUUUAUUCAGAGUAGACAACACUCAAGAUUUCUAAAUGUCUUUCACAACAAUAUGAAACCAGCUGUGUCACCACCUCAGUGGGUUUUAUUCACAAAACAGACCAAAUCAAGACACUUUGUAAUGAUGUAUACAUAUACACAUUUUUUGUAUUACAACAGGUUAUUCAGGGACUGCAAGUGAACAAUGAAUA